UUUUUUUUUCUUUUCUUCAUUCACUCCAGCAAGACGCCUGUGAGCAGCAGGACGAACACACACUCUGUUUGGACAAGAACCCAGCACUGCAAUUCCAGUAAAAACUCAAUCUGGAAACAGGACUGGAAAUAUUCUUUCAUGGAUCAGACAGCCUCUCAGAAAAGUUGUGACAGAUUUAGAAAGCUGAAAAAAAGGACSAAACGAAGAGAAAAGAGAGCUUUGCCCUGGAGGUUUUGAAAAAAGGGAAACAGGAGGCAAAUAAAAAGGGCAGCAAUAAUCUGCACAGCUGCUCUGCGAGAGACAAAGAUAAAGAAAGCCAGGAGGUGCACGAGUGCGAAGGACGAGGAGAGGAGAGUGACGAAGACGACCAAGGCUGGAGAGGAAGAGAGAUACCUAAAGGGAUCAUCCGAGUUGAAGGCCAUGGAGGAUAUAAAUACAAAGUGAGGUCUAAAUCCAAACAGAGACACCUGACAUCAAAGUAUGGAGGAGCAGCAAGGCAAGAAGACAACGCUCCUCUGAGGAGAAAAGGAGUUGUGAUUGACACGAGGAAGAGGUGUCGCUUUCCUCAUCAUGAUUUAUUCAGGUCAUGUCCCCGAUUCAAACAACCUGCGUCGGAAGAGCAACUUUGUUCCAGGAUAGAAUGAGGASUCUGCCCAAUCUGUGAUAACCUUCCUGCUCCUUUCCUCUUCUGCACCUCCGACUCCUCCAAUACCUUCUUGUCUUCACAUCAAACUCUGAAUACAGACUUCCUCCCAAUCUGGCCUGAUAUCUUCAUCUCCCCCCUCUGCAUCCCCUCACUAUGUGGAUACCAGCUGUGCUCCUAUGGAUGCUUAAUAUCAGCAGUUUGUGCUCAGGACAAGACUAUUCAGACAAUUAUCAAACUGGAGGGAUGGGAACUGAGUCUCCAAAACAUUCAGAUGAUCAGCCCAGUUUGGACACAGUGACAAGUGUGGAUCAGCUCCUACAGCUUCUCUACCCUGAAUACAGYUUGAUUCAGCAAUGCAUGAGGAAGAAACUGUGGCUCGACUCGUCUUCCUCCUCUUCUUUUCCUUCCUCAUCAUUUUCAGCCUCUUCAGCGAGCCCAUCAGUCCACGCUACCAGUGACAAUAUGUGGGUUCAGAUGAGGGAGGAAGCUCUUUACAAAAUGGAUGCAAAUUUAGAAGUCAUCCUUGAGGAGAUCCAGCGUACCUCAUGCCAGCCAAGAGAGGUGUGCAUCGAGGUCACCAAAGAAUACCCAGAAUCCACCAGUCAGCUGUACCUCCCUCGCUGCGUGGCGCUGCAUCGCUGCGGCGGAUGCUGCGGCAGUGAGGCCUUUUACUGCACCAACAUGAGCUACACGCUUGUCAACAAAACACUGAUGGAACUGUCUCCGCCCAGGAUGGACCGUACGGUUGUCAUGGUCACGUUCAUCAACCACACUUCGUGCGAAUGCCUCUCCAAGAGGCCGCUUCACUCCAUCAUCAGGCGAGCGGCGGCAGAUCACCUGUGUUCGCCUCCUGAACUCCCCUGUGCCUCGGGGUCACUGUGGGACCCGGUGAAUUGCCUUUGCGUCUCUGCAGACACGAUUAACUACUCUCAGAGAGAAACCGAGGCACUGGAUUCCAGUCUGCUGGCUCUGUGUGGGCCCAACAGGGUUCUGGAGGAAUCCACCUGUGAGUGCGUCUGCCAAAACGGACUCACAGAAGCCAGCUGUGAUCCAGGCUGGAAACUGGACCGAAACACCUGCGAGUGCCAGUGUGAAGGACAGGGCGAGGGGAAGUCGUGUCCUUCUGGCCAGCGGUGGGACGACGAGCUCUGCGGUUGUGUGUGCGCGGUCGAAUGUCCACGAAGUCAGCCCCUGAACCCUGACACGUGCCUGUGUCAGUGCAGGGAGAGUCCACAGACCUGUCUGCGGCAGGGCAAGAGGUUCAACCCAAACACCUGCAGUUGUUACAGGCUUGCGUGCAGAAAGCCCAGACGAACGUGCCAGAGUGGAUUUUACUACAGCUAUCAGGUCUGUCAGUGCAUCCCCAACUACAUGAAGUGGAACUAAGAAGCCGGAGGAGUCAGGGAGAGGGGCAGCCGCUGCCAUGUAUUGACCUUUUGACCUCAAAGCUGAGCUGACAGAAACUAAAAGGGGUGGGAGUGCCUCCUGACUGGAAGGGAGGAAGAGGAUCUAUAUUUAUAAGUGACAACAGCUCACAAUAAGCAGCACUUGAGGGAGUUUUGGGCUGAGCGAUGUGUCGCUCAAAGGAUAAUCUGAGCACUUCCUGGUACAACAAUGCUGCAAACAGCCAGUAAAAUGAGGAGAUGUAUUGACUCGGGGACUGUCCCUUCGUGUCUGCCCUCUUUCCUUUCUUACGAACACAAUCACCGUCGGGAAACGGCCUUGAGACUGCCUAUUGUUGGACCACAACAAGGCAUGGACAGACCGACUCUAUGCAAACCAGGCAUUUAUCCCGCUGCAACGUGUCGCAGCAAGAAGAAUGCCAACCGCCGAGCUGCUGUGGAGGUGCUGCUCAUGCCUGAGACAUGGAAUGUGAAACCAGAUAAUAAUAAUAACAGACCAGUCUCUGAGCUUUUCCAAAAUAAAUAAAAUAAUCUUUGUGUGCAGAGGCCUUAAAAAAAGAAAAAAGAAAUCUAUAAAAUAAAGACUGUGUGCAUAAAUCAAGCCAACUGAUCUGUUUAGUUUAAUUGUUUAAUCAAAAAUCAAAACUGAACACUUUUUUAUUUUUUUGUUCCGAUUUCACCUGACUUUGAUAAAUCCAGUCAGAACUGAACACUACUAAUUUAUCUUUGCAUACUCCAAAUAUUUUUAUAUAUAUAUUUAAUGUAUUUUUUUCUUUUUUUUUCUUUUUGUUGUAUUUAAAGCAAUGACAUUUUGAAGACUGAAUUGUAAAAUACUGUAUUUAAAGCCACAAUAACUAUAGAGAACAACUAUAUGUUUUGAGGUAAAACACUUUACAUCUUUUAACUUUUAUUUGUUGUUUUUUAUGAGUUUGCCUGCACUGCUGCUUAUACAUUCAAAAACAGGCCACUUGGGGGUCACCUAAACACUUAGAAAACGUAGUUCUGAGUUCAGAAUUACUCUACAUUUUGAGAUGAAGAGUCAUUGCAGUGCAGAGAUGAUUGCAGUGUACGUGCUGUAGGGAUUUAAAUAAAAAGUUUCAAUAUAUUGAUUAAAAGCUCAUUUCUGUCAA